AUGUUAUGGGUUUUGAAGGGUCUCUCUGGCGGGCAUAAAGGCGAUUGGUGGUGGAAUGAUAUGGUCCAAGUCAAAGCGGAAGCGAAGAAGGCGGUGUACUUGAAGUUAGUAGGGAGCUCAAGCGAGGAGGAGAUGAGAGCGAACAUGGAGAGGUAUAAGGUAGCGAGGAAGGAGGCGAAGUUGGCGGUCACAGAAGCCAAAACUGCAGCGUUUGGCCGGCUGUACGAGGAACUGGGGACAAAGAAGAUGAAUGUAGCAGAGAUGAGGAUGUUGAGGUGGAUGUGUGGGCACACUAGGAUGUAUAAGAUUAUGAAUGAAGAUUUUUGGGAGAAGAUGGGCAUGACUCCUAUAAAUGACAAGAUGCGGGCAAUGAGACUUAGAUGGUUUGGGCAUAUGCGGAGGAGGAGCCCUGAUGCCCCUGUAAGAAGGUGUGAACGGUUGGCUUUGGUGGGAAUGAGAAGAGGUAGAGGGCGGCCUAAGAAGUAUUGGGGAGAUGUGAUCAGGUAG